AUGUGUAUUUCAAGGAAAAAUAUAAUUUAUAAACCACAUGAUUGCGUUCCAUUACCACCACCAGAUUUUAAUUCAUUUUAUCAUAAAGGAAAUCGUAAAUACAUCAAUCCAUCCAGUGUAAUUCCUGUUGACGAUGAUGAAUUCGAUAGAAUACAACAACAACAUAUUAUUUAUUACAAUGUUUGGAAGAAUCAUUUUUCUGCUCCCGUAAAUGAAUUAUUAAAGACGGAAGGUACAAAAGUACUUGAUGUUGGUUGCGGUCCUGCAAUGUGGAUAUUAGAAAUGGCGUCACUAUAUCCAAAAUCUAGAUUUACAGGCGUGGAUAUUGUACCAACAUACCCUAUUCACACGAAACCUUUAAAUGUCGAAUUUCUUCAAGCAAAUAUAAUUAAAAAUGGCUUACCUUAUGAAGAUAAUACUUUUGAUUACGUAUUUUGUAGACUAGUGAAUUUUUCAUAUACUAUUAAAGAUUGGAAGGUUGUUAUUAACGAAAUAUGUAGAGUAUGUAAAAUUGGUGGUUAUGUCGAAUUUAUGGAAAAAGAUGUUAAAUUUGAUAUUAAAAAUGAAUAUACAAAGAAAGUAUUUUCUCGGUUUAUAAAGAAUUUACAAAAAAGAAAUAUUGAACCAAUAAUUUCAUUAAAGAUAGAACAAUAUAUAAAGGAAACAAAUAAUUUUCCAGUUAUAAAUCAUGAAAAAAGAGAUGUUCCGACAGGAGAAUGGGGUGAUAAUGAGAAUGAUACAUUUAAAAUAGGUAAAAGUAAUAAUGGAAUCAUCAAAUGGGGUGCGGAAAAUAUAAAAAAUAUAAUGAUAGAAGAUGGUGAUUAUGAUGAAAAGGAAUGGAAUCCAAUCGUUAAUAAUUUUAUGAAAGAACUUGAUGAAAAACAUAUUUAUGAUAAUAUUCAUAGAAUUUUUGCUAAAAAAGAAACAGAAAUUAAGGAAGUUUGUGAAUGUAGAGAAUGUAGACCUCCACAAUCUUUACGUCAAUUAGAGCAUUUAUCAUCUACAGGACUUUUUUUCAAGUUUAAGUAUCAAAGAUUCAAAAAAUUUAUUAAAAACAUUGCAUAA